AUGAAGAAGAUAAAAUAUGUAGAUGAUGCUGGUUUUACCUUUAUUGAUCAUCUAAUCUCAUGGUCAGUUAAUGAUAUACUUGAUGAUAACUUUUUCAAUGACAAGGUCAGGAAGAUCCCUUGUCUGUUUCGAUCGACAACCGAGUAUUUCGAUGCAUUUGUGUAUCCUUUGUUAGAGGAGGCACGAGCCGAAUUGUGCUCAAAUUUGUCUAUGUUAUCUAGAGCGCCUUUUGGUAGAGUAGUUUCGUGUUGUAAAGCUACCAAAGAUACUAAAUUACACUUUUUGUACAAUGUUAAGGUUCAUCAUUGGAGGGUUAAUUCUGCUGGUGGAGAUAGCAAAACUUAUAAUGUUUUGCCAGGAGAUGUGUUUGUAUUGAUGGAUUCUGAAUUUGAUGCUGAGGAACCUGUUCUACAGUCGGGGCGAAAAUGUGUUCUAGCAUCUGUAGUUAAUAUGUCUCAGGAUGAUGCAGAUGAGGACACUUCUGCUACUUGUAUCAGAGUGAUUGUGUCUAAAGAGAUUGACAUGAAUGAUUUUGUAAAUAAAUAUUUACUUAUUGUAUUUUUGACUAAUGUGAUUCCAUUUGAACGCAUAUGGAAUGCUUUGCACAUGAAGGAGAACUUGAAGUUACUCGAGAAGGUCUUGCACUGUGAUUCCUUGGAUCAUCCUAGAAAGAAAGGUUUAUGCACAUUAGUCGACUUGGAGAAUGAUUGGACUGACAAAGGAACUGAUGGCAAUGGCUGUUCAGAAACUGAUCAUUUCUGGCUCAACAAACUUGGUUCGGGUUUACCACGUCUAAACCCAUCUCAGAAGGAUGCAAUUUCGGCUUCUUUGAAAAAUAUACAGUGUAAGGACAAGUUUUCUGUUGAACUUGUAUGGGGUCCUCCUGGGACUGGUAAAUCUAAGAUGAUCAGCACAUUGCUAUGCAUUCUGCUAAGGCUUAACUGUAGAGGCCUGGCUUGUGCCACAACAAAUGUGGCAAUUACUGCAUUAGCUAGUCAGGUUGUAGAGCUGUUGAGAGCGUGUUCUGCAAGGAAUUCAGACAAUAGGUUUUGCUCAUUGGGCAGCUUACUUUUGUUUGGGAGCAAGAAGCAGGUAGAUGUAGGUUCAGAUAUUGAAGAUAUUUAUUUGGACUACCGUGUUAAGAAGCUAGCAGAGGUUUUUAGCCCCAUUAGUGGCUGGCGCUGUUCUUUCUCGUUGUUGUUGAAUGAAUUCCAGGAUUUUUCUUCACAGGAUCAUUUUCUCACUGGACAACAUGGUCAGAAUAGGUGCCUUGGCAAUUCAGAGCAACUUCUAUCCUUUCUUAAUUCUAUUAGAGAUCAGUUCAAUGAACUAAUUGGUCCUGUCAAGAGAUGCAUCUCAAUCUUUUGUACCCAUAUGGCAAAAAGUUUCAUUCAGGAACACAAUAUUGAGAACUUGACUAAGCUUUAUGAUUUGCUUGAUUCUUUUGAAAGUUUGCUGUUGCAAUAUAUUGGUCAACUCAGUGGGUUGGCUCCUUGUAGUGGAGUCUUUCAGAAGUCUAUUGUGUAUAUACUAGGUCUUCUCGAAAAGAAGGGAGAUGAAUGCUUUGAUCUUUUACAAAAUCUAAUUGUUUCUUUGGGCAAACUUAAGUUUCCCCAAGUGACAAAUUAUGAUUUCAUCUCGGAUUUCUGUUUCCAAAUGUCAUCCUUGUUAUUCUGUACGGCUUCAAGUUCCUAUAAAUUGUAUUAUGCGCCUAUAAAAUCACUCGAUGUUGUGGUUAUUGAUGAAGCUGCGCAGUUGAAGGAGUGUGAGUCCAUUAUACCACUCCAACUUCCCGAUCUAAGGCAUGCUAUUCUUGCAGGAGAUGAGUACCAGCUACAGGCCAUGGUGAAAAGUCAUAUUUCAGCGAGUGUUGAUUUUGGCCGAAGUUUAUUUCAGAGAUUAGGUUUGUUAGGCUGGUCAAAACACCUACUAAACAUGCAGUACAGAAUGCACCCUUCAAUAAGUGCAUUUCCAAGGAGGAUGUUUUACAGCAACAAAAUUACUGAUGCACCUAGUGUGAAGAGUGACGGCUAUGAGAAACGUUACCUUGAAGGAUUAUUCUUUGGUCCUUAUUCAUUUAUAAAUAUUACAGAGGGAAAAGAAGAAUUUGAUGAUAAUGGACAAAGCAGAAAAAAUAUGGUUGAGGCAGCAGUUGUCCGGGCUAUAGUACUUCGUCUUUACAAAGGAUGGUGCAAAUCACCCUGCAAUAAAAAAGUUAGCAUUGGUGUAAUAUCGCCUUAUUCUGCACAGGUUAAGGCAAUUGAAAGAAUGAUUGGUCAGAGAUUUUCGAAUCUGGAAAAUUUUACAGUGAACAUCAAAUCAAUUGAUGCGUUCCAAGGUGCAGAGGAAGACAUAAUACUGCUAUCUUUGGUCAGAUCUAACAACUUUGGCGAAAUUGGUUUCUUAUCUAAUCCUCAACGACUUAAUGUUGCAUUAACAAGGGCAAGACAUUGCCUAUGGGUGCUUGGAAAUGGGAAGACUUUAGCCAAAGCCAACCUUAUUUGGAGGGAUUUUAUCACCGAUGCUAAAGAGCGGAAAUGUUUUUUCAAUGCUAAUGAAGAUGAAAAAAUAUCAGAAACAAUCAUUUAUGUUAAGAAGGAACUAGAUCAGCUGGAUGAUUUGCUCAGCGGAAAUAGUGUGCUUUUUCGUAAUGCAAGGUGGAAGGUUCUCUUUGCUAGUAAUUUCAUCAAAUCAUUUUCAAAGCUGCAAUCAAGCCAAACAAAGAUGCAUGUGUUUAAUCUUAUAGGCAAACUUUCAAAUGGAUGGCGACCAAGGAAAAUCAAAGUCGAUCCUCCUUGUGAGAGCUCUGUUCGAAUUGUCAAGCAAUUCAAAGUUCAAGGCCUCUAUGUCAUAUGCUCAAAUGACAUUGUUAAAGAAUCAGAAUAUUUCCAAGUUAUGAGGGUUUGGGAUAUUUUGCCAUUGGAAGCAGUGGCCGAAUUGGUUAAGAGAAUUGACAAACACUAUGGUUUAUUCACUGAAGAGUUUGUCAGAUGCUGCAAGAAAAAAUGUAUUGAAGGUACGCUGGAAGUUCCCGUAUGCUGGAGCAGCAACUCUAAUAUUGUUCGGUACAAGAGUUGCAGUGAUGCUGAGAGAACAAGUAUAUCAGAUGACGAUGAUGUAGCACCAAGAUGUAUUGACAAGGCAGAAGUCGAGGAGAGCUUGUUGCUAGUAAAAUUUUACUCUUUAUCUGUCGGUGUAGUGAAACACUUGAUUUCUGUUUCUGAUGGUAGGGCAUUAGAGCUUCCCAUGGAAGUGACAGACAACGAGUGGGAAAUAAUUCAUUACCCAAGAAGCUCUUUUGUGUUAGGAAGGUCUGGCACUGGAAAGACCUUGGUGUUAGUCACGAAACUAUUUCAGAAAGAACAACUAUAUCACAUGGCUUUGGGUGGUUCUGAUGAGGUACAUGGCGAUGCUUCCUUGUGUGAUGACCCAUCAAUUAAGCUUGAGGGUAGAAGCGCUAUUCUGCGACAACUGUUUGUAACAGUUAAUCCGAACUUGUGCCAUACAGUAAAACAACACAUCUCCAAUCUUCAAAGCACUGUUCGUGGAGAAAUCUUGAAUAAGGAAACCUGCAUCCAAGUUUAUGAUGAGACGCAACUAUUUGAAGAUAUUCCUCACUCUUUCUGGGAGAUCCCUGCUGAGUCAUAUCCUCUUGUGAUAUCUCUCAAGAAGUUCCUGCUCAUGCUGGAUGGUACAAUAGGUACCUCAUAUUUCCAUAGAUUUGUGAAAACUAGACAAACUUGUAGCUUAAAAUCAGUUGAGCUGCAAAUGAUGGAAAGGAAAGAAGUAAGCUUUGAUAAGUUUAGUGUCUCAUACUGGCCUCACUUCAAUUCGACUCUUACAAAGGAUCUUGAUCCUUCAAGAGUUUUCACUGAAAUACUCUCUUGUAUAAAAGGUGGAAUAAAAGUUGAACAGGGUAGACUCACUUUAGACAGUUAUAUUCAAUUGUCUGACUGCAAAAAGUCAAGCUUAAGUAGGAACGAGAGGGAGGCCAUAUAUGGUAUAUUCUUGUGCUAUGAGAAGAUGAAGCUUACAAGAGGUGAGUAUGAUUUGUCUGAUGUAGUGAAUGAUCUUCAUCAUCGGUUCAGCCAUCAAAGGUAUGAAGGUGAUGCCUUGGAUUUUGUGUAUAUAGAUGAAGUUCAAGAUUGGACUGUGCGGCAACUUUCUCUUUUAAAAUAUGUUUGCAAGAAUGUCAAAGAAGGUUAUGUGUUUGCUGGUGAUACAGCUCAAACAAUUGCCCAAGUGUAG